AUGGGCUACAUGCCUUCGUUUGGCUCGUUGGUCCGUGUGGUGGGUGGAUUACUUGCCGUCAGUCUCAUCUCGACCGCUGGACUGCUGUAUCGCUAUCAGACAUCGCUCAUCUACCCGGCCUCCUUCCCACCAGGCUCCAAGGCCGAAGUCAACACUCCAGACGAGUAUGAUCUGCCCUACAUCGAAGAGGAGCUCAUCACACCCGAUUCGCAACGGCUGCGCAUCUUUGUGAUGCUCCAGGGCACCAAACUCGCACCUCGCCGAUCGACGCCCAAGAUCCAGGCUGUGGAGGAUGAAAAGUCGUCAUUGCAGCAGGUCGAGAGAAAGUCGACCGCAAAUCACACAGGCAUCACACCGAUAGACGUGGUCGAUGCCGAGUUGGCGAGCAGCAGGCCGACAGUGCUGUUUCUGCAUGCCAAUGCGGGCAACAUGGGUCACAGGCUGCCUCUAGCAGCCGUAUUUUUCAAACGCUUCGGCUGCAAUGUCAUUAUGCUCAGCUAUAGAGGCUACGGUUUCUCCACCGGCUCGCCCAACGAACGCGGGAUCAAGAUUGACACGCAAACCACGCUCGACUACAUCCGCUCGCACCCAGCGCUUUCAUCCACAGUUCUCGUAGCGUACGGUCAAAGCAUCGGAGGAGCAGUAGCCAUCGACCUGGCCGCUCGCAAUCCGGCCUCGGUUCACGCUCUCAUCCUCGAAAACACGUUUCUCAGCAUCCCCGAACUCAUCCCGCACGUCCUGCCGCCCGUACGACCUUUUGCGUUCUUGUGCAGAGAAUUCUGGAACUCCGGUGUUGCCAUCUCGAACAUUUCGCACAAGGUACCGACGCUCUUCCUCUCGGGUCGACAGGACGAGCUGGUGCCACCAUCACAUAUGGACGCCCUUUUUGCAAAGUGCAGCAGCAACAUCAAGAUCAAAAAGGAGUUUGCAGACGGAACGCACAACGACACGUGUAUCAAACCGCAAUACUUUGAGACAAUCGGAGAGUUCCUACUGCAGCAUGUGGUGGGGUUGGUCCGCGACAAGGCAGCGUUAGCCGCAGUGGAGACCGAGACGCACGAGCAGAUGGUCGAGGACAAGCAGGAGACGGGUGUGCCGUCGAAAAGCACGAAAGAGGCAAGCGGCGACGAGUCGGACGAUUGGGUCCAGAUGGGCCAUUCCGAAAUCAGCGACGAGGCCCAAGUUGGCGAGCAGCCGAAACAAGACCAGCUUCCCGAUGCACCCACAUUGAGUAGCGCGCCAAAGCUAUGA